AUAUCCUAUUGGCUAGCUUAUCGAAACCCAAAAAUAUCGACCAAUCACAGAUCAUGUUUUGAAAGUCGUUCAAGUAGAGUAACAGACGUCAAGAUGGUGCUGGAAAGUACUAUGAUAUGUGUGGACAACAGUGAGUACAUGAGAAAUGGAGACUUCAUCCCGACCCGGAUCCAGGCACUUGUGGAUGCCGUCAACAUGGUGUGUCACAGCAAGUCCCGCUCCAACCCUGAGAACAACGUGGGGCUCAUGACCAUGGCUGGCAGAUGUGAGGUCCUGGUCACACUGACCAGUGACGUAGGAAAGAUCUUGACCAAGAUGCACGCUGUCCAGCCCAAGGGAAACAUUCAUCUCAUGACAGGGAUCAGAGUGGCCCAUCUUGCUCUAAAGCACAGACAAGGGAAGAACCACAAGAUGCGGAUUGUGGUGUUCAUCGGCAGCCCCAUAGAGACAGACGACAAGGACCUGAUAAAACAAGCCAAGAGACUGAAGAAGGAGAAGGUUUCUGUAGACAUCAUCAGCUUUGGAGAGGAGGAAGUUAACAAUGACAAGCUGACGUCCUUUAUCAACACACUGAAUGGUAAGGAGGGCACCAGCUCCCACCUGGUGACGGUCCCACCUGGCCCCUCCCUGUCCGACGCCCUGCUCAGCUCACCUGUCAUCGCUGGGGAGGGCGGGGCACCCAUGGGGGCGCUCGGCUCCGAAGGAAACUUUGACUUUGGAGUGGACGCUAACGCAGAUCCUGAAUUAGCUUUGGCCCUGCGAGUGUCCAUGGAAGAGCAGCGUGCUCGGCAAGAGGAGGAGGCCCGGAAAGCGACCAGUGAAUCGGCGACCGAGACAGGGGUGACGCCCGCCUCCACGGUUACGGAGGCCGACAGCGAGGAGGCCAUGUUGGAACGCGCCCUGGCCAUGUCCAUGGAGCGCGGGGAGAUGGCGGAUGACACGCCAAUGCCAACUGUAGACUUCGACAACAUGACAGAAGAGGAACAGAUCGCCUAUGCCAUGCAGAUGUCCCUGCAAAGUGUGCAGACACCAGAGCUAUCAAAUUUGGCAAACCCUCCAAGUGAGGCGGAGACAGACACUCCUGUUGCCAUGGAGACAGAGUCGGCAUCAGCACAGGCUGAUGAGGAGGAUGACUAUGAUGACGUGAUGAGAGACCCCGCCUUCCUGCAGUCUGUCCUGGAGAACCUCCCCGGUGUCGACCCCAACUCUGAAGCCAUCCGCACGGCGGUGGACUCACUACGACAGCAGGCUAAGGAUGACGACAAGAAGGACGACAAAGACAAGAAGGGGAAGAAGUGAUGACGUUGCCAUAUAGGCUAGGAUGUGGUCUGGAACAUAGGCUUUUCCUCAGGCAGAUUUUGUAGUACCGUAAAUGGUAGACAGUCACUCAUAAUGGUCAAGUAACUUACAGGAACAGUCAAAACUGACCAAGAAGAUUACUCAGGGGGACUGAUAAAAUCUGGUCCAUGUGGACAGGCGGUCACUACAGACAGGCUUGUUAAUGCUGGUGUCAAUGGGAAAAAUGACCACCAAAAAGUGGUCACUUAGGCCAGGUGGUCCUUUUGUAUGGGUGGUCACUUGUACAGGUUUGACUGUAGUUCCUGCCUUUUAUGGUUUAAGCUCACCUCCUAAUGUCCAUUUCUUGGGGACUAGUGCAAGGCUAUUGUUUUCCAGAUUCACAACAAUACUAUCAUUACCAGUAUGUCCAGUAUCUGAUGGCACACACAUAAAUUGCUGCACAAUGAAACAUUACAAGGUUAGAUGGAAAUGAAUUCUUUAUUUUGGCUGCUUAGUGAUGGUAAAGGAUGUUUAUGUCACCAUACAAACAUCUCAUGUGAUCCCAUGUGACAAAUUUCAUGCUGGAUUGAAAAAACACAAUAAAAAACAAGAUUUACCUUUUAAGUAUUACCUUUCAUUUGUGCUUUCAACUGGAUAUACAUGUAUGUGACACUAUUUCAGCAGAGACAAUUAUAAAGAUGACUUGAGAA